CAGACGUAGUGACGUCAUUCGUAGACUGGCGGGAGAUUCGGCGUAUAAUGUGAGCUGGGUAAACAUGGCAAAAUGAAAUGAACCCGAAGAUGAGUUAAGCCCUAAGAAUUUAUAUCUGAAAAUAAUAAUGGUGCUGUUAAGAUUACGUUUUAAUGUAUAAAGUUGCUUUAUGGGUGUCAGUUAACAGAAAGUUUAAUUCGGUGAUGUUUAGUUAGAACCAAAGCAUUAAGAUCAAACUCGAGUUUUUUUUUUAUCCGAAUAUUUUUGCCAGUGACGAUGGCCGAUACAAUGGCUGGAUUUAGCGACAGCGAAGAUGAGAGUCAGGAGUUGAUGACUCCGGCGCAGCUCAUAGGCAAACUCGAGGAGGCAUGGCUGAAUGAAAAGUUUGCUCCAGAGCUACUUGAGAACAAAUCUGAAAUUGUGGAGUGUGUUAUGGAGCAGCUGAAUCAUAUGGAGGAGAACCUUCAGCGAUCAAAAAAAGGAGAUCUCAGAGCUACGAUCCACCGAAUGGAGACUGAAAGAAUCCGUUAUGUGCUGAGCAGCUACUUGCGUUGUAGACUUCAGAAGAUAGAGAAAUAUUUCCCUCACGUACUGGAGAAGGAAAAGUCUCGUGCUGAAGGAGAACCAUCAUACUUGUCACCUGAAGAGUAUGCCUUUGCAAAAGAGUACUAUGCAAAUACAGAGACUUUCUUGAAAAAUGUUGCAUUAAAAAACAUGCCCGCAAACCUCCAAACAGUAGAUCUGGGAAAAUCUGUUCCUAAACCCAAUUUAGAUUCAUUUGUAUUUCUGCGGGUGAAAGAGAGGCAAGAAAAUAUCCUAGUAGAACCAGAGACAGAUGAUCAAAGGGAAUAUGCUGUUGAUUUUGAGGAGGGAUCACAGCACCUAAUACGAUACCGUACAGUUGCUCCCUUGGUAGCGAGUGGUGCUGUUCAGCUCAUUUGAGAAAUCCAGUACAGCUGAUAUAUGCAGUAGAAGAUGCCUGGACCAACUUUUAUAUUUCAACUGCAUAGCUGGCAAUGUGUGUCACUAAUGCGAAAAUAGAAGAUUUGAAGAUGAAUUAGUCCUCACCUUGUUCUAAAUUAACCUGACAUACACACUUAAGGAGAAGGUAAUGGCAUAGUGUGCUACUGAUCCAUAAUUUUAAAGACCCCAGCACUUAUUUAAGCCUUUGGAGCUUAGUCUUUAUGAUUUGAGGUUUUUGAUGCACGUCAAAAGCUCUGAUUCUAUAAUUAGUAAUGGACUCCUUAAGCAGGUUUAUGUAUCACAUGAUUAAAUUAGAUUCAUUGAGGGAAUGAAAAGCUGGCUGAGUCUGUUGUGAAAAACAAGUCUGUUUCAUAUACCUGCUUGCUUAGUUUUGGUAUUGUACCAGUACUACUUGUAAAUACUGUAUAGCUUGAAUUAUUACUACUUUUUGUGUGUCUUUCAUUUCUGUAUAAGCACAUAACGUUUCUUUAAAAAUGGGAAAAAAACUUGUGUUAUACAGAAUAUAUUAAAUAAGUCUGAAAUAAU